CAAUAUCUUGUCAGGCUGGAAAAAAAGUACUCUGUGCGGUGUGAUUCAGUUGGCCACACUGAUUAAGUUUGCUUUCCUACCGCCAGCUUCAGCGCAGCACGGCAGCAGUGUUUUAGGCCUUUCUUGCUAACAUGGCACCAGUUGCAGCAGCAGCUAAGACCGCUGGGGCUAAGAAGCCCGUCCCAAAGAAGACCACUGCUCCUAAGAAGCAGGUCCUCAAGGGCAAGGGGCAGAAAAAGAAGAAGGUCCAGCUCAGGCUAACCGUCGACUGCUCGAAACCAGUCGAAGAUGAAAUUAUGGACGUGUCUAAAUUCGGUGCCUACCUCACCGAAAGGAUAAAGGUGAACGGCAAGACCAACAAUUUGGCCGGCGCCGUCACCAUCGAGAAGAGCAAGACCAAGGUGACCGUGAUCGCCGACAUACACUUUUCCAAAAGGUACCUCAAGUAUUUGACUAAAAAGUACCUUAAGAAGAACAACCUGCGUGACUGGUUGAGAGUGGUUGCCAAUGGAAAGGACGUGUAUGAGCUAAGAUACUUCCAGAUUAACAACCAGGAAGAUGAGGAGGAAGAUGACAAUGAAUAAACACUCCAUUGCUCUAUCGUAUCUAAUUUUGUAAUUCCCGCGCAAAUAAAUUUCAUCUUCAUUUGCGAAAA